AACAAGAGUGGCAAGGGGCAAUCUCCACAGGCAGCGAGCCGCAACACUCGGCCAAGUUGCCACUCCACGCCAACAACGCACUCCCUUCUCCCCUCUCUCUCCCCUCUUCUCUCGCCUCCUCUCCUCCCUCUUCUCCUCUCUCGCUCUCUCGCAAGUUUCGCUCCACCCCACUGCCCCACCACCGGGUCCCCUCUCCCCCCAUUCGCCCGGGGCCCCCGUGUCCUGCCCGAUCCUCUUCCGCGGAGCGCGUUUCCCUCCGCCUCUCUCGUCUCUUCUCUUCUCCUCUCCGCCUUCUGUUUGUGUCCAGCAAAGGCGAACUUCGCUUUCGAUACCAGGGAACUGGCUGGGUUAGCCCCUCUUUUUACCCACCCCACACGAGUCUUCUUCUGCCUUCUCCGACGAUCGUCUUUGUUGUUGUUGCUGUUGAUGUCUUGGCCACCACCAAGUCAAGCUACGUGGUCUGGAGGCGAGCAGAAAGAGGAGCAAGCUCCGAAAGCAGUCUCGGUUUGCGUGCGAAACUUUGUUUGAUGAGAGUUUCAUGUCGUCGGAGCCCAGGGGAAUCUGAACCGCGGACGGACGAGCGAGCCUUUGGCAGGUCGGUCAGCGAAAUAAUUAUACUUUGCGGUUCGCCAUCCCCGACCAGUGGGUAAAGAGGGGGGGUUCACGAUGGCUCCAGGCUGUUCGACGGAUGUGAUCGGGGUGCGUUUGGUCAUCUCUCUGGUCCACCUGAUGAUGGUCGUGAAGUCGACGAGCGCCUUCAAUCUGGAUGCUACUCGAGUCAAUGUCCUCUCGGGUCCAGCUGACAGCUACUUUGGCUAUGCGGUGGACUUCUACCUGCCAGCUUCUGACAGCGUGAGUGUCGUCAUCGGAGCUCCCAGGGCAAACACCACCCAGCCCGGAGUGGUAGAAGGCGGCGCCGUCUACAAUUGCCCGUGGGCAGGAGAUGCUGAUUGCACCACAGUCAAAUUCGACACCAAAGGAGACCGCAUGAUCACGCUGCCUACGGAAGCGAGAGAAAAGUUGGAGUAUAAGUCCAAACAGUGGUUCGGGGCCAGCCUACGAACUCAUGGCUCCAAAGUUCUGGCUUGUGCUCCACUCUAUCACUGGAGAACCAUGAAGACCAACAGGGAGAAGGACCCAGUAGGGACCUGCUACUUGUCCUCCGACAACUUCAACAAGUUUUCCGAGUACUCUCCCUGCCGCACAAGUUUUGGAGACCCUCAGGGACAAGGAUUCUGCCAAGGGGGAUUCAGUGUGGACUUCACUAAGUCUGGUCGGGUGGUGCUCGGAGGUCCUGGGAGCUUUUACUGGCAAGGGCAGCUGAUCACGGCCCCCUCUGAGGCAGUGAUGAAAGACCCUACCUCAGAAAGUAUGGUGCGGAGCAUUGAAGGACAGAAGCAAACCAGUUCUGCCCCUCCCAGCUACGAUGACAGCUACCUCGGCUAUUCUGUGACCGUGGGAGAAUUUACCGGUGACAAUCAGCAAGAUUUUGUGACUGGUGUACCGAAAGGCUUUCGGACACUUGGAUACGUUGGAAUUUUAGACGGUGAAAACAUGACGUCCCUGUAUAACUUUUCUGGCGAACAGAUGGCCUCCUACUUCGGAUUCAGCGUUGCGGUCACAGACGUCAAUGGAGACAAGCUGGAAGACGUGCUGGUGGGAGCGCCGCUCUUCAUGGACCGCGGCUCGGACGGGAAGCUGCGUGAGGUCGGCCGCGUUUACCUCUUCCUGCAGGAGCGAACACUGUCCUUCCGUGAGCCGCAGCGAUUCACGGGCGAAGAGAUGUACUCGCGUUUUGGCAGCGCACUCGCCCCGCUGGGCGACGUCGACCAGGACGGUUUCAAUGAUGUGGCGGUCGGGAUCCCUUUUGGCGGAGAGAACCGGCAGGGUCUCGUGUACAUCUACAACGGCGACAAGGAUGGGCUAAAGCCAGCUCCUUCGCAGGUGCUGGAGAGCCAGUGGCCAGGGACUAGCAUGCCCUCCAGCUUCGGUUACGCCUUGCGCGGCACAGUCGACGUGGACAAAAACGGAUACCCAGAUCUUGUUGUGGGUGCUUUUGGCGCUUCCAAGGCUAUAGUGUACAGGGCACGUCCGGUGGUAACAGUGGAAGCAGAACUUCAGCUCGAACCACAGAUCAUUAACUUGGAAAGCAAGGACUGCAAACAGGCUGGGAGCACAUCUUCCUUCGCAUGCUUCACGGUGAAUUACUGCGUGCAAGUCGUAGGCAAGGGCGCUCUAUCCUCCACGGAGCUUAACCUGGAGCUGCAGUUGGACCGGCUGAAGCAGAAGGGCACCAUCAAGAGGGCUCUCUUCGCCACCACGCAGCAAUCGCGAUAUGAGCAGCGCAUCACCAUCAACAAAGGAGCAGGCCCCACUUGCAACAAGCUCACCGUGUACCUUCGUGACGAGACGGAGUUCCGGGACAAGCUGACGCCUAUCGCCGUGAGCCUCAACUACACGCUCAUGGAGGAGGCGACUUUAGCCUCCCAGGGGCUGCGGCCAAUCCGCAACCACUUCAGCCCCGACCACAUCCAGAAGCAGGCGCAUAUACUUCUGGACUGUGGGUCGGACAACAUUUGCGUGCCAUCUCUCAAGCUCUCGGCUCUGUCAGACCGAAAGCAGCUGUACAUCGGCGACGAGAACUCCCUGGUGCUCACGGUGAACUCUCGCAACGACGGGGAAGGCGCCUACGAGGCGGAGCUCCACGUGGUCCUGCCGCCCGAGGCCGAUUACGUCGGCGUCGUCCGAAAUAACGAGUCCCUUGCCAAGCUCACGUGUGCGUACAAGACAGAAAACUUGACCCGCAGUGUGGUGUGUGAUCUGGGAAACCCGAUGAGAGGAGGCACCAACCUGCUGGUUGGACUGAGAUUCAGCGUUCAGCGACUGGAGGAGGCUGUGUCGCCCAUUCAAUUCAGCCUCCAUAUCAAGAGCUCCAAUGAAAAAAGCCCAGAGAGCAAUACGGAGACGGUUGUGCUGCCGGUGGGAGUGUUCGCGCAAGUGAAUCUAGUUGGGGUGUCCAUUCCCGAUCAGAUUGUGCUCCCCAUCAUAAACUGGGAGCCAGUUGAGAACCCUGUGAAAGAAGAGGAUAUUGGACCAUUGGUGCAGCAUGUUUAUGAGCUCCGUAACAUUGGGCCCAGUCGCGUGGGCUCUGCAGAGAUGGAUCUCAGCUGGCCCCUGCGAUCCGACGACGACUACCUCCUCUAUGUCCUGGCGCUGAACACGGAGGGUCCCAUUAAGUGUGUUCCUGACUCGUCGAGCAAGAUCAAUCCUCUUAACCUCAAGCUGAGUAACUCGCACGAUGCGCCGGGCGCGAAUGAAACGGGCAACCAACAUAAGGAAAACCCCCGUGAUAUCCAUCGCCGGGAGCUUCAACGUGGCGAGGCAGACUCAAAAUCCCCCAGGACUCUGAACUGCAGCACUUCCGAGUGCUUGCACAUUCGCUGCACGGUGCAGACAUUGGAGAGUGGCCACAAUGCUGUGCUACAGAUUAAGUCACGCCUCUGGGCCAAAGCCUUCAUGGAGAAGGAGAGCCAGCAGCACACCAUCGAAUCGGCGGCACACUUCUUCGUCAAUGACAUGCCCUACAAGAUCCGUCCCGAGAAGCUCCCAAGUGGGGCCUUCCAGGUCACCACCAGUGUCGCGUGGGCCAACCAGGAUGGUAACCAGCCCGUGCCCGUAUGGGUCAUCAUCGUGGCUGUGCUGGCAGGGCUGCUCCUCCUCUCCCUCCUCGUCUUCGCCAUGUGGAAGAUGGGAUUCUUCAAGCGGGUGCGGCCACCACAAGAGGAUAACGGAGAGGAGCAACAGCUGCACACGGAAGAGAAUGGCGGUGACCAUGCCGACGCAUAGCACCUUUACUGGAGAAGAUCGCCUUAACCUGGCCGUUUAGUGCUAGACCUCAGCGCCAAUGCCUUGUCUCUCCGGACCACCUCCUCCACCCACUAAUUCUCCCCCCCCCCCCCCUUUCCUUUACGUGCGACAGUAGUUAUACAUACAAUGCAUAUGCCAACACUGGACUCUAUUGGACUCUACGGAACCUCGUGGUGCAUCGCUGUUACUGGUGAAAUUGCAAUUUUGUAACGUAAUGUGUCACUCAGCUCUCUUGUGAAAAUUAGGGAAUACCGUGGCUUGUCGAAGUCAUGGUGGAGAUAGGCAAACGUCAUGAACUACCCAGAGUUGUUUUAGCAUUGAUGGCUGUAGAAUACCGAAAUGUGGUGGUGUGCCCCUCAAGAUGUGUCCUGUUUUCUUGGCUGGCCUCGGAAGAGCAGCCGUUGCUUGUCUAGAUGAUGAUUAUAUAAAUAGCGACAGUACUUUUCUUACCCAUCUGGAUCAAGUUGCAUUCUGGUUUUCUUUACCCCUCUGCUGUCUUUGCGUGGUUUAAAAUAAUCACAAGAGUUGUUACGAUUGGAUGAAACGAGUUUUUAAUACACGCUAGCAAAUAGCGAUGUUUACUAACUCGCGACCCUUAAUUUUGAUCACCAGUGCGCUUCACCUAUAAAGGAUGUGAUGCAUCUGUGCUCCCCCCCCCCACCCCCUUCAUGAAUUGCUUUUUUGCCUUCAGCUGUUUUCGACAGUGAUUUGUAUGAGCCAUCACGGAUGCUGGUAUUUAACCGGGCUGAAUCGUCUUUGGUGUGGGAUUUUCUUUCUGCCUGAGAUGGGUUAACCCCCUGGCUUCACACUUGGGGACAAUUCAGAAUUGUCUUUCCUGUGAAUAAUGGACAUUCUUGUUCUUUGGAGCGUGAGCAUGGCCAUGCCAUUUUCUUAUAUCACAUCGAGACGAUUAACCCACCAAAUUUUGAGGUUAAUCGGGUUCAAUUUCUCCAAAGUAAUUGUGUGCUAAUUGUCAAAAGUUUGCCAUGUUUUCAUGAAGUCCGUUUGAAUAACAUAACAUCAUGAAUCAAGUCUGAUAAACCUGUUACAGCUGAGAAAUGUAAGUAGGGAUGAGUGAUGUUUGUGCAUUCAAGGGUUUAUUAUUUUAAUCUAGCCAAUCAAAUAGCAGGUUUAUUGUAAGUGGAGUUCUUUGUGGACCCGGUGAACUGCUAACCUUGGUCUUGUACUAAGUUGGGAUAGCACCUGCUUCAGUAAAUUUGCACUUCUUACCAUUUAGCUUUUAAUCUUGGUUAAUAACUGCUUCUUAAAAUACACGUAAACACUCCUUAACAAUACUUUUCAAACAUGUGUUAGGUCAUUAGAGAAUGUGCACAUUAACCAGAAUUAAUAUCUAUGAAGAUGUUGUUUCUUCAAAGUUCAAAAUAUUUUGUUUAGAUGUUUAUGCCGAAUUAUUGUUUUUCCUUUAACUGCUGGCGCUGGCAAUUAAUUUGCUCCUAACAUUCCAAAAAGCCUACUGAAUGCGGGGUCAUUUACUACACUCGUGUCAGGAGAUGUUAUAGCUUUGGCUCAUCGAAGCAAUGAUAGAUUUGGCAAUUAAUUUUUACAUUUCUCCGUAAUAGUAUUUCAAAUCUGCACUCCUGCUCUAUGUUCUGCACCGAAGACUGGUGCCAGCACAUGUAUAAUUUGUUCAUCCCAAGAAGAAAGUGUUGUUUGGACAAGUUUCCAACCCACUGUAUAUAAAUUAAGUGAUGAAAUCUGUGAACAGGGAUCAAUUCUAAGGGGUGAUGCCGGUUUGUGUUGGUCUAAUGCGAUUUGGAGCUUGGCUUAUUUCUCAUGGUGCUUGGGAUAAUGUUUCCACAAUUAUACUGUAUAGAUAGCAUGCUGUCAAACAUUUCAAGCAUUUGCAGUUAACUUGUGUGCAAUAUUUUUAGAUGCUGUUUAACAAUAUGCAGGAGAUGCAAUAGAAUGUCUUUGGGGGCUUGGUUGAAUUGCAAGGCAUUUUGUUUACCAGUGGGAACGAUUUUUUACUUACCCAUAUUUUUUUUGGACAAGCGGUAGGUAGCAGAGCAUGAUCUUUUUUGUGGCUGUGCUGUAUAGAUGUCCAAUGCCUGUUUUGCGUUAUACUGCAUUUUUUUGGCAUGAUCUCUGAUGUUCGGCUGCACAUCCUGGGAGCUCCUUCAGGAACUUCAGUUCUUCAGGAACUUCCGUCAGUUCCAGAAGAACUUAAGUCAUGCCUAACAACAUGUGGCACAACUCAAUAACACGUCAGAGAGCUAAAGCUGUAUUAUUGUAGACAGGCUCUGUAGGAUCGGCCAUAAAACUCAAAAAUUUCAUAUGGCAAGGCCAAAAUUUAAAGUUUUUCAGCAUUUUUUUUCCCACAUUUCAUUGUAAUUGCAUUACUGCCAUGUUAUUCACAACGUAUUUGUCUGCACGUAGAUAAUCACUUUAAUAUUUGGUAAAAAAAAGUCAAUUUGUAAGUUAUCAAAUGACAGAAACUUUCAGUACUUUCUGACGCUUGAUAACAAUAUGUCAUUACAUUGUCCGUCUUGGGUAAUAUCUUCAGUUUAAAUUUUUAUUCCAUCGAAUGAAAAUGCAACUCACUUGUUUGCUUAUGAAGGUAAUGGUGCAGCCCAGCAGUUACUUGCCACUGCUGGCAAGGUAGUAGGUGCAGUGAUUUUCGACACAAGCAGUGUCCUUAAAUGCACACCUUGAGUGCCAAACAAGACACUGAACAAAAUCGUGGACAUUUUAUAAGGGCUGUCAUGAAUUUAUAAAAUUGAUAGUAUGUGGUCUAAUUAUCUAUAUCAUGGUAACAUGGUUAAAUUUGCAACAGUCAUGUUGAGUAAAGAGAUGUUCAGCUCCAGCGAGAUAAUAUAGUAAAAUGUAUCAUUGGUGUUUAUACUCCGUUUUCUCUCUGUCACGAUAGGUUCCCUUUUGUUUGUAGAAUGUUGCUGAUAAUGGGCAAGGACUGUUUCUGUCGAGUGUCUAGAUGUGGGUAAGGAACUCGUGUCUCUGUGGAGUUAUUUAGCCGACCAAGCUGUUUGUGGUGAGCAUGCCACCACCAAUCUAAAUCGGUCCUGGCCAUUUGAAUCCCACUUUUGUAAUAUUUUGUUUGGCAAAGAAUUUCCUCCAGUGGUCUGUUAAUUAAAUUACUUAAACAUUUCACAUUGAGGAAUGCCUGUAAGCUAAAACAAAGUACUCGUCAAAUGCUGUAGAUUUUUUUUCUAUUUUUCAGCUUGAUAAUUUAAGGUUUUUGGUCAAAGCGAUACUAAGUGGUAAAUUAAAAUUGGUAUUCUCUUUAUUAAGGCAUCAAAAUGUACUUUUUUUUACAAGGGAAUGGUUUUAUUAAAUGUUGGUGUGUGUAAAUAUGGGGGUAAUUUUUUUUAAAGGCUGUACUGUAUUUUAGAUUUACUCAUUAAUGUUUCUCUCUUGUAAAAUAUUUUCCAAAGAUGCACAGUGUUUUUAUAAUACACUUUUUUUGUAAAUAGUUGGCAAAGCGA